AUGGAUGAUAUGUGGAGCAUAGAGGCGUGGGAGAAGAUGAAAUUUUUCUUUCCUGAUAACCAUAAUGGGAGUCGAAUAAUCGUAACAACUAGGCUGUCUGACUUGAGUUCUCAAUUGAACGAGUCUUGUAUAGUUGGCAUGAAAUUUCUAGAUGAGGCUAGUAGUUGGGAUUUAUUUCGUAUGACCGUGUUUGGGAAAGAAAGUUGUCCAAUUGAGUUGGAGAUGAUUGGAAAGAGUAUUGUAGCAAAUUGUAAAGGACUUCCUUUAUCAAUUGCUACAAUAGGAGGUCUAUUGGCAAAAUCUGAGCGCACAAAAAAAUGUUGGGAGCACAUAGAGCAAAAUUUGAAUUCAAUUGUUAUUAAUACUAACGAUGGAUUUUGCUUGAAAAUAUUGAGGAUGAGUUAUAUCUAUCUGCCGAACUAUUUAAAGCCAUGCUUUUUGUAUAUGGGUGUUUUUAAGGAAGAUUACCGUAUUCGUGUGUCGGUGCUUAAGAAGUUAUGGGUUUCUGAAGGAUUUUUAAAACCAAGGAGUGGAAAAUGUUUGGAAACACUUGCGCGAGAGUAUUUUAAGGAAUUGGUUGAUAGAAAUCUCGUUUUAGUUGAUGAAUUGGGGUCUACUGGAAAUGUUAAGUAUUGUAAAAUUCAUGAUUUGUUGAGAGAUUUGUGUUUGAAAGAAGCUGAAAUGGAAAGAUUUUACCAUGUCAUAGGAGAUGAUCCUCCGGCCAAUAUUAGCGAACGUCGAGUCGUUCUUAAAACUGCAGGGUUGUUAGGAUCUUUGUCACAAACUCGUUCUAUAAUAUGCAAGUGCAACGAAGCAUCUCUUAAAUUUCUACUGUCUCAGGAUCUUCGAUUGUUGAGGACAUUCAUAGCAUGUUUUUCUGAUAUUUAUUUCCUAGAAAAGGUGAUUGAAUUGGUGAACUCACGGUACCUUGCUAUCAGUGUUCAUCAUGAGUCCAGAUUCUCUAGUUCAAUUGAUCUCCUUUGGAAUCUGCAGACAUUGAUUAUUCGUUCAUCUUCUAUGAACGAUCUACAUGUACCACAUGAAAUUUGGAAACUGCAUCAACUUCGGCAUCUUGAAUUUCCGGGGGACGAAUUGUUUCUCCCAAAUCCUCCUAGUGACGAUGUUGACAUUGUCAUUAUGGAGAAUCUGCAGACACUCAAAAGAGUUAAGGGUUUGCGAUUGAAUGAGGAGGUGGUUAAAAGAAUUCCCAAUGUGAAGAAAUUGAAUUUAACAAACUAUUCGGUAAAGGGGAGAGAAAACUGCCUAAGCUAUCUUCAAUGCUUCAGUAAAUUGGAAAGCUUAAUCUGCAGCAUCCUUUAUCAAAGUGGUGACUUUUUGCCGAGGAUUAAUUUCCCCAACUCUAUCAAGAAGUUGAUUGUUGUAGACUAUUAUAUCACGGAGUUUGGCGCAAAGUUGGAAGACAUAUUGCCUAAAAUCGGUUCAUUGCCUCUUCUUGAGAAGCUCGUAUUAAAAUAUGGUGUCUUCCAAACAGGCAAGUGGGAAACAAUUGAAGGCCAGUUUCAGAAGCUCAAGUUUCUACGGUUGUUGUUUUGUAAAGGUCUAGUAAAUUGGAUUGUGUCAGACAGCUCCCACUUUCCACUUCUCCAGAGGCUUUGUCUCCAUAAUUUAUCCGAACUCGAGGAAAUCCCAUCUGAAGUUGGAGAAAUAACAACGCUGAAAUCGAUUUUGUUGUAUCGGUGCAGUGAAGCAGCUGUUGCGUCAGCGAAAAAGAUAGUAGAAGAACGUGAGGAUCUAUAUGGAGAGCAAUUAGACCUUUGUGUCGUGUAA